AUGCUACUGUGGGUCCAACUGCUCGUCGGGCUCUACGUGGCGCUGGCCAUUGUAGCGUCCGUGGUGAGCGUGGGCCAGCUCUACCGUCGUCAGCGCCCAGACGCCAUCUUUCAGUUCCGGUCGACGCUGGCGUAUGCGUGCCAGCUCCUUCUCCGCGCCUUUGCGGCCGCUCGCUUCAUCCUCGUCGUCGUCGCACAACCGCUUCUCUACGAGUACGCCACUUGGAGCUUCGGUCUCCAAGGCAUCUACUUUGUCAGCGCGACGAUCUAUCAAGUCGCGCACCAUUGGUCGCGGUACGAGCCCGUGCUCUUCCACCGCGACAGCUACGUGCUCAAUACGCUUCUCGACAUGAGCUGCGCGAGCGUCCUCCCGGCCUUGCUCGCAUUUGCCACGUCAACCAGCGUCUUGGAUGGACAGAAUCUGGCGUUGCAUGGCGCGUCCUUUCUCGUGUACCUGCUCGAGUUUGUCGGCAACCAUUUUGUGGUCCAGCGCCAAAGCCUCGGGCUCACGCUACUGCUGCCGACUGCCUACGUCAUCCUUCUCUGUGUGCACCAAGAGUCGACGCCGUCGACAUGGCUCGAUUUGUCGUCGCCUGAGGCCGCGGCGGGGUAUGCCUGCCUCUUUCUGAGUCAUGUGGUCGCCUUUGGCCUCUUCUACAUGCUCUCGCUGCUCAAAGAAAGGUAUCUGCAUGGCCAAUGCCCCAUCGUGGUCAACCAAGGCCCACCGAAAGCGAGAAAGCUCAGUUUUGUUUGA